AUGACAAAUUCAAAUCAAGUAAAUGUUGGAACAGUGAGUGCUGCAACAACAUCGGUUGCAUAUAAUCGUUCAACUGCUGCCCUUGCACUGACUGAGAAACCUAGGUUCAUUAAUGAGAAUGUUCCUAUUAUGUCGGAUGAAACUCCGGUCGAAGAACGAUUCUUGGUGACAGAAGCAUGGACACAUUCAGAUUUUUUGUGUAAAAAUUAUAUUCUAAGUAGCCUGCAAGAUGUUCUGUACAAUGUGUAUAGUAGUGUUAAGACCUCAAAAGAACUUUGGGAUGCUUUAGAAAAGAAGUAUAAAACAAAAGAUGCCGGAAUGAAGAAGUUCAUUGUGGCAAAGUUUUUGGACUAUAAGAAGAUAGACAGUAAGACCGUCGUCACCCAAGUUCAAGAACCGCAGGUCAUAAUCCAUGAUCUCCUUGCUGAAGAUCUCAUGGUAAGACUGAGAAUCAAAGAGGAUAACAAGGCCGCGGCAAAGAGGUCGCGUGGUAAUUCAGCAAUAUCUGAAGUUAAUAUUGUUGAAGAAGAUCCCACAAAAUCAAAGAAAAGCAAGAAAGCCUCUGGUCCAAAGAGCAAUCCUCCUAAGAAGAAAUUCAAUGAAAAUUGCUUCAAUUGUGGCAAACGUGGUCAUAGGGCUACUGAAUGUCGGGGUCCCAAGGAGGAAAAGAAGAAUGAUCAAGCAAAUUUGUUUGAAUCCAAAGAAGAGAUGAAUGAUCUCUGUGCAAUUCUUUCAGAAUGCAACUUGGUUGAAAAUCUAAGAGAAUGA